AUGACACCAUACUUUACAGGAUAUUCUUUUCAAGGACAAGGCCGCAUGAACCAAUUGGGUGGGGUAUUCAUUAACGGACGACCGCUACCAAAUCAUAUCCGUUUGAAGAUAGUCGAGAUGGCAGCCGCUGGAGUCAGACCUUGUGUUAUCUCAAGGCAACUGAGAGUUUCACAUGGCUGUGUUUCAAAGAUUCUGAAUAGAUACCAGGAGACUGGAUCCAUUCGUCCUGGUGUAAUAGGAGGGUCAAAGCCAAGGGUAGCGACGCCUGAAGUAGAGAACAGGAUUGAAGAGCUCAAGAGACAAAACCCAGGUAUAUUUUCCUGGGAAAUUAGAGAUAAACUAAUAAAGGAAGGCAUCUGUGAUAAAAAUACGGCUCCGUCAGUCAGUUCCAUUUCGAGACUUAUAAGAGGAGGCAAAAGGGAUGAAUCAGAUCCUAGAAGAAAUCAUAGCAUUGAUGGUAUUCUAGGUCCAUCAUCUUGUGAAGACUCAGAUACGGAGUCUGAGCCUGGCAUCACGUUAAAAAGAAAGCAGCGAAGAUCAAGGACGACAUUCUCUGGAGACCAACUUGAGGCUUUGGAACGAGCGUUUACAAGAACACAAUACCCCGAUGUAUAUACCAGAGAAGAAUUGGCACAGAAAACUAAGCUCACUGAGGCUAGAGUUCAGGUUUGGUUUUCUAACCGAAGAGCUCGCCUUCGCAAGCAACUUAACUCACAACAACUUAGUGCCUUUAAUACUAUGUCUUUACAAUCCGCAUUCCCUUCUGUUCAUCAACAAUACGAACCCCCGUCAACCUUUAAUGCCCAAUGUGCAUCAUGGCAGCAAUCUUACUCAUCUGCCCUGGGAACCAGUUCAGUGUUAAAUUCGGCAUUAGCUCCGUCACUUCAUCAGUCUGCAUUAACACCAUCCGUUUGCCAGUCAGCUUUAGCUUCGUCUCUUCAUCCGCCAACAUCUACAUCAUUUUCAUCAGGAAACCUGACACCACUUUCACAUUCAUCUGAACUUCCCACUCCAUUACAACCGUCAUCAGAUGCUACUCCUCCAAGCACGAGCCCUAUCACUAGCAGUCCAUCAGCAAAUCAAAGUAGUGGUAUAACUUACCAGCAUUCUGCAUAUGCCAAUCCUAGUGAAGCAGUUUCGCAUCCUUAUGGUUAUGGGGACUAUUCAAAACAAGAACACGCGAUGUCAGCUCACAACCACUGGACUUCAAGACAACUUGGUGGACACCCUCAAAACAAACUGCCCGACGUCGGUGCUUGGCCAGAAAAUUAUAGUUCCUUCUUUGGUACGAACGCGUCUCACUACGCAUCGCAUGCGCAUUCUCCUACUGAAGCGAAAUCCGGAUACCCUUACUUGGGACAACUCGGAGGAAUGGAUAUGGGAAGAGUUCACUAA